AGGGUGAAACUAAACUUCCCCUAAAGGCUUGAUCCUCAGCCAGUUUCUUUACUUUGCUUAAAAUGGUUUAUAGUAAGCCUACAUAGUAGGGAAUUUGACUCAAGUUGAUUGUCUAUUCAAACAUGUUUCUUAAGAGUUUUAAAGGGUAAAUUCUCUCUGUAUUUACACCAAUUAGCCAUAACAUUCAAAUCACCUGCCUAAUAUUGUGUAGACCCAAUUGAGCUGCCAAAACAGCUCUGACCCAUCAAGGCAUAGACUCCACAAGGAGUACUGUGGUAUCUGGCACCAAGACGUUAGUAGCAGAUCCUUUACAUCCUGUAAGUUGCAAGGUGGGGCCUCCAAGGAUCGGACUUGUUUUCAAGCACAUCCCAAAGAUGCUCGAUUAGAUGGAGGUCUACGGAAUUUGGAGUCCAAGUCAACACCUAGAACUCUUUGUCAUGAUCCUCAAACCAGUCCUGAACUAUUUUUGCAGUGUGUCAGGAUGCAUUAUCUUGCUGAAAGAGGCCACUGCCAUUUGGGAAUACUGUUGCCAUGAAAUACUUGUUGUGCACCAACGUUUAGUUAUGUGGUACAUGUCAUAGUAACAUCCACAUGAAUGCCAGGACACAAGGUCUCCCAACAAAACCUUGCCCAGAACAUAACACUUCCUCUGCCAGCCUGCCUUCUUCCCAUAGUGCAUCCUGGUGCCAUCUCUUCCUCAGGUAAGCGAUGCAAACACAGCCAUCCACAUGAUGAAAGAAAACAUGAUUUAUCAGACCAGGCCACCUUCUUCCAUUACUCUGUUUUUCCGCCAUAGUAACAAGAUAAUCAGUGUUAUUCACUUCACGUCAGUGGUUUUAAAGCAGUGGUUUUCAAAUGUUUUCAGCAUGAGGCCCCCCUUAUGUAGGGUGCAUCCCUUUGUGGCCCCCUACAGUGAUCAAAUUUUUGCAAUUAAAUUUUUUUUCACUCAGGCUCUUCUUUAUUAGCGUUCUCAGCAUAGAGACUACGUCAUCGAUGUAAAAACAUAUCCAUUUUAUACAACCUUAGGUUUUAUCAGUGUGUGGCUAACAGUACUGUACACUAGUAUUUCACUGGAUGUCUCUGUUUGGUGUGUGCCUUAGUGUGCUGUGUAUAAUUUAUUAAUAUUUCUCAUUGUUAUGUAUUUCAUACCUCAAAGGUUGACAAUUGUGACUUACAUACAGGUAAAAUUAAUAAUAAUAAUAAUAAAAAAGUUCUAGAAUUUCUAUGACGCCUCCGCCCCCCCUGCCCCUGACGCCACCUGAUGGCCUCUAGUUUGAGAACCACCAUUUUAAAGUUAUGGCUGAUCGGUAUAUGUAUUUUUGAAAGUUACAUUGUCUGUUAUUUGAGAAAUGCGAGAAAGAGGUGUGUGUGUUUUGUAGGCGCAUGUGUGUUUUGGGAUGAGUCUGUGCAGGAACCACUUGUAGAGCACCUUAAGGCAUAGUGCAGUCAAGAAAAGAGAAAUCUCACCUGUGCCUCUAGGAUAACCCAAAUCUCUUACACCAGGAGCCAAGAGUUCACUGGAGACACAACUGUGCAUUGCCACAAAGAGAGAGAGAGAGAGAGAGAGAGAUACCAAGGAGAAUAGCACAGAAACCUUGCCUUCACACUUUGCUUGCAUUGCUUGUAGUUUGUCUCUCUUAGAAGUGGAUCUACAGUACUGUCAUGGGCGUGUACUGUCUGUCCAGCUCCAAUGAGAAUGAUUAGUGACUAAAAUGUAACUUGGAGUACACUACAGUAUAUGAUUUAUCUUUAAAAUGUACUUAAAAUGAAUUCUAAUAUUUUAGUAAAGUGAAAAAAAUGGUUGCUCUCACAAAAAAUAGUGUGACUGCACCAUAAAACAGAAGUUUUUGAAUGAAACUCUUUCAAUAGAGUGAGAAAAGAACAGAGGAAAAUAUGACAAAAGAAAAGCUUAGGUAAGUGGAGGGGUCACUGAUGGCCUGAUUUUCCUUUUAGAGAUGGAAUUAAAAUUUGGUGCGUAGUUGUAAAUUUUCAUCACUAUUACCAACUUGCUAACAUGAAAUGUCAUACAUGAACAUGCAACAGGUUAAAAACCAAGGAGAGCUAAUUAAUGUUUUACAUAUUGUUUUACAUAUUAGAUAUAAGUGGCACGUGUAAAGAGGAAUCAUAGUUUCCUCAGAGUCUGAGUGAUCUGUUGGCCAGUGCUAAUAUAAAAACCAAGAUGCUUUGGUUCUGUCUUUCUAGUUGGUGAUGGUUAGUGAUGUUAAUAUCAGUAGUUGAACAUGUUUGGAUGAUGGUAAUGAUUGCAGAUGUUACUAAGUAAUACUCUGUUGUAGAAUAUUGGUAUGCUGACAUUUGGGAGCUCAGCUUGCCCACAACAUCCAGCAAUACAUUCUUGAUAGACUUCUGUGAGACACUGCAAAUAGACAGUUGAGUUGGGAAUGGGCAGUCUGUGCAAAUGGACACAGAGGUAUCUGGCUUCGUGGGUUCAACAGUGGAGCUGAACUGUCUCUUCAUCAACAGCAAGCCCCCAGUAAAGAUCUCGCAGGUCACUUGGCAGAAGUCCUUCAAUGGCACCAAGCAGAAUGUGGCCAUCGCCAACCCAGCGCUAGGUGUCUCUGUGCUUCCUGCUUUUAAAGAUCGUGUUACCUUCAAGCACCUGGCCAUGCCACAGGAAAAUCCUUCACUUGAGGACACCACAAUUGUUUUCAGCAACCUGCGCCUUUUGGAUGAGGCUGCCUACAUCUGCGAGUACACCACCUUCCCAGCAGGCAACAGGGAAAACAUGGUCAACCUCACUGUCUAUGCACGUCCCAUGACGCACAUGACCCUUACAACUCCCAUCAUCAUUGCUCGGGCCCAGAAGCACAAGAUGACAGUUGCUACAUGUUUGUCAGCGAACGGAAAGCCACCUAGUGUGAUUAAGUGGGAUACCAAGCUCAAGGGCCAAGCCACAUUCCAGGAGACGCACAAUCCCAAUGGCACAGUCACUAUACGCAGCAACUAUGUGAUCGUGCCAAGUCGUGAGAGUCACCGUCAGAAACUCACAUGCAUUGUCACCUACAAUUCUGAGCACUUCAGCGAUAGUGUCAUCCUCAAUGUUCAGUAUGAACCUGAGGUAAAGAUUGACGGUUUUGAUGGAAAUUGGUACCUGAACCGUCAGGAUGUGAAACUCACCUGUGACGCAGAUGCAAAUCCAGCUGUCACUGGCUACCAUUGGAAACUAUUGAACGGAUCACUGCCCAGAAAUGUGGAAAUCAGAAACAACACUCUAUUCUUCAGGGGGCCCGUGACAAACGACUUCAGUGGCACAUACAUAUGUGAUGCCACCAACAGCAUCGGCACACGCUCUGGCCUAGUAGAGGUCAAUGUUACAGAAUUCCCCAAACAUAUCUCUAAACACAGCGAUGACAAUGACCAGAAGCAACCCAGUUCCAGUGCUGCAAUAUGGGGUGGCGUAGGUGGCCUGGUUGUACUGAUCAUUGGUGUUGCGUUGCUCAUCUACUUCCUGCGGCAUCGGCAGCGCACCUUCAAAGGCGACUACAGCACGAAGAAGCAUGUUUUUGGUAAUGGCUACAGUAAGGCGGGCUCUGUGCCUGCUCAUCCCACUGUGCCCAAGAACAUGCAGUACCCAGAUGACUCAGACGAUGAGAAGAAGGCCUCUCAGAUUGGGGGGCCAGGGACCUUCGAGGGCACAGAACAUGAUUUUGAUGGUAACUCUGAAGACCUAAAGAGACCCUAUUUCACUGUGGAUGAAGGUGAGAGCCAUGAUUAUGAUGAGCGGACUCUAGCUUUCCAGUAUGAGCCCGAGCAUGAGAUUGCAGAUGACAUGGUAUCCCAAACUGAUGGCUCUGUCAUUUCAAAGAAAGAGUGGUAUGUGUAGUUUAGCAACAAAAGAUGAGAUCAACAUUAGUCUGCUCUAACCUGCAUUCUACUACACCCUUUCAUCUCCAUCACUAGAAGUCUUCUACCCAUCCUGGUCUUCAUCCCAUCCCUCACUUCUCCAAGCCACCAACCUCUGCCCCCAUCAAAAACACAUUUAAAUGAACAUGAAAAAAAUGUUUGCGGCGUUGACAAAUCAACAUCACAAUAUUUACGCAUGCUAAUAAUUUAACCUGGUACAGCAAUGAAAAGAGGCGUGAUCUUUCACUCAUUCCAAUCGCCAUUGACUCAUAAAGCUGUACAGACCAGUUGCUUGAAACGUUUAUAUGCAUUAUUAAUAUUUGUCUCAUUUUGUUGACGUUACUAUCAAUGUAUUAAAUGUAUUCAGAAGAGA